UCUCCGCUUGUGUUUAGCUGUCUUCGUUUUGUUGGGCUGAUUGACCUACUUCGUGGAUCGUGGUGGACGUUUGAGGUACUGUCUCAGCGCUCUGCAGAAUGGCUUGGAGGACCCUGGUGCCUCAGCCACUGGUAGCGAGCGCAGUAUCGACCCUUCUCGUAGCUGCGUGUAGCUUGGUGAUUCUGGCUGAAUUAGGAGGUGCUACGCGUUUCAAUAAGUGGAAUGAAUCGCCGUCUAGCAGCAGAACAGCACACAGUGCAAGCAAGCACACAUUGGGACACAACCGCCCCAGAGAAACCAGUCAUGAUGCUGGUCCGGCGAUCGUGAGCGCUAAGCUAUCUGUCAACGCAUCUGUGCCACGAGGGGAGCUGGGCGGACUGCUGUUCGGAAUCUUCCUCGAAGAGAUCAACCAUGCGGGAGAUGGUGGCCUGUAUGCAGAAAUGGUGGAAAACAGAGCGUUCGGCGAAGAUCUUCACGAGAUGCCAUCCAACGCUAGCAUGUACCAUUCACUGGCUAGUGUGGCAAACGACAGUCAGGGCAUGUUUAUCAGACACUGCUCUUUCGAAGGAUACACAACCGAGAUCGACAACGGUGAUUUGGAUCGUUCAGACAGCUCGUUCGCCUUCACCACACUGCCAGGUCAUGCUGCAGCUAGCAAUGCGGUCAGCCUGGAGUCGUUCAACUACCCCGGAAUGUACCUGGCAGUGGACAUGAAGAACAUGACUCUCGCACUGGAGAAGAACGAUGGAACAGAGGGGUUCGCGGCUCGAGCAACGUUCACAAAGGUACCAGGACUGGCCGAUCCCAGCGACCCAUCUCUGCUGUCAUUUGCGUGGAACAACACGCUGUACAUGACUCAAACUCCAACAUGCUAUGGGAGCUGCAGUGGAGCUCACCCAGGUUGCCACCGGGUCAACUUUGUAGCAUCUCCACAGGCACAGAGUGCCACCUUCAGAGUGAUGGAAGCCAAUAUUGCCAAAGGGUCUCAUGGGUGGAAUGUACUGGGCAGCGCUAAAAUCAGUGUCACCACAUCGCAACCUCUGAACACGGCACUCCCGAAAGCAUUGCACAUCUCCUGCGCUGCUUUCGACGGCGAUGCGUGUGGUGUUGUCAAUUACGGAUACUGGGGAAUGAAUGUGGAGGCCAAAGAACGUUACAACCUCUCUCUAUUCGCCAGCGCGGUGGGUGAUACAAAGGCUCCAGCAACCGUAACAGCUACCCUGGCGAAAACCAGCGAUGGCACAGCGCUAGGUUCAUGCACACUUCGUCUGGGCCAGGAAGGCAACUGGACCCGGACGCAGUGCGUUAUCACAGCCAGUGCUUCUUGCUCCAAUGCACACUUGCAGCUCAUUUUGGAGGGCGAACUGCUGGUCAACGUGGUCUCUCUGAUGCCAGCCGAUCUACCUGGCGGCUAUCCGUUCAGAAAGGACCUGUUUGAAAAGCUUCAGGCCAUCCAGCCGGCAUUCGUACGUUUUCCUGGUGGCUGCUACGUCGAAGGCGAUAAGCUGGCCGAUGCAUUUCGCUGGAAGCCGUCCGUCGGCCCAAUACAUCAGAGACCAGGACAUUACAAUCUGUGGGGCUACUGGAGUGAUGAUGGUCUGGGUUUCUAUGAAUAUAUGAUUCUGUGUGAGCUACUGGGAGCUGAUCCUGUGUGGGUGAUCAACAACGGCAUAUCGCACACUGAUGAGAUUGCUACUGCCGACAUUGAGCCUUGGGUUCAGGAUGCGCUGGAUAGUUUGGAGUUUGCCACUGGACCAGCUACCAGCUAUUGGGGCUCGGUGCGUGCCAGCAUGGGUCGCACGGAGCCCUUUUCACUGAGCAUAAUGGCAAUUGGCAACGAGGAUUGUGGUAAGCCAAACUACCUGGGGAACUACAUCAAAUUUUACAGGGAGAUCAAGAUUCGCUAUCCCACCAUGCGACUGAUUGCCAACUGCGAUCUCAGUACUCACAAUCCACCAGCCAAGACCGACAUCUAUGACUAUCACAUAUACACCAACUCGGAAACGUUCUUCGCUGGAGUCGAGCGAUUCGACACGUUCGAUCGCAACGGUCCCUUGGUGUUCAACUCAGAAUACGCUAUAACCCAGGAUGCUGGCACAGGAAACUUGCGUGCAGCGGUGGCGGAAGCAGCAUGGAUGACAGGACUGGAGCGAAACAGUGAUGUCGUGGCGAUGGCCAGCUACGCCCCACUCUUCGUCAAUGUCAACGAUCGAAGGUGGAAAGUGGAUGCCAUCGUCUACAACUCGUCCGAAUCGUACGGAACUCCUUCGUACUGGAACCAGGUACUUUUCUCAUCUAGUGCCAGGAUGGCCUCCUAUCUAGCUUACUUUCAGCUCAACAUGAGCACAACAGAAGGUCAGUUUGCUGUUCGCACACACCGACACAAUGGCAAGCCGAGACGUGCGGAUGAUACGGCCCAGAUGGCUGCCUCUGUUACCAUGUCCAAGGUUGAGCCAGCCUCAGGCAUACAAACGGUCUUUGUAAAGGUAUCCAACUGGGGUCCGGAUGCGCAACUAGACACGACGCUGGAAGGUUUGUCAGGCACGAUCCUGGGUGCUACAGUCUGCCAGCUCAGCGGACCCGAUCCCGACUCGGAGAACACUCUGGACAAUCCCAUGCUGGUGUCUGUCUCCAACACCACAGCGUCGUUCAGCGAUGCAACAGUGACCUUCCAAGCUCCGCAGUGGUCUGUCAGCCUGCUCACAGUCUCGGUCACCAACACGCUGGCUACAUAGUCAUCGGAGACAUCAUAAUGCCUGGCUGCCUUUCAAGGAUCAAGCAGUGAAGGUGAUGCAAUGGAAGGCUCUACAUUCCCAACGUAUGACACCCCAACAAAACGAUCUUUGUGGUGAUGAUAUGGAACUCUAAGUCUUUGCAACAAACCAUAAUACCAUAUACAAUGUACAUGUAGAUGAUGAUGAUGAUGAUGACGAUGUGGAUACUUUAUCUGUAAGAAGACGACAGGGCAGCCAUUCGCGACGAUCCAUUUACCUCUGGAGAAUCCGUAAAAAAAAACUGAAUUAACUGAACUGACCUGAACGAUUUGUAAAAUCAAUGCCGUUUCCUACUUUGACGUACAGUGUAUCUUUAAUGUAGUGAAGUCAUGAUCAGAUACCAAUUAUUCCACACAGUUUCCAUGGUGAUACAUGUACAUGUACAAUUACAUGACAUUGUAUCUAAUCUUACAUUUUAAAAAUCUUUGUUCUUCUAUCGUAUUAUGAAUAAGCAGUCGAUAUGGUUCCCAUAUGUCGAACGUCGCGUGGAACAACUUGUUAUUGUAACUAGUCCCCUCAUACUAUUAUCAUAGUGGAGUUCAGUAGGAUGUUGGCGAUUCGGUUUUUCACAAUUCGUCUUCACUUACAUUCCCCUUUCUAUGUUUAUUACAUAAACAUGAGCCUCCGAAGUUGGGCGGUUUGAUGCUUUGCGUCAUCAUCCAGUAA